UGGUCGUCAAAACAAACACUUGUCAUUUCAUAUGACGUUUAGAAGUCAUACAAAUUUUAGUCUCAAUUUUUUUCUUUUCGUGAAUUAGUAUCCACCUGACGAAAAUUUAUGUGAAUUAUGGCUUGCUUAGUGUCCCGAUUAAAAGAUUUAAUACAAGAAUAUGAACACGGCAAUGGAAACUGCAAUGAAGAGAAAAACUUCCAAACGAAGCCGCUCCAGAGAUGUUGUUACCUGUUUUGUCCCCCUCCAAUUUUGGUUCCCACAGCUCCACAACCUGUUAGGCCUUUGCAAUGGCCCCUGCCAAAACGAACAAUAUCAGAACCAAAAAUGUCUACCGAAGAAGCCGAACGCAUCAGAUACGCAAAUUUCUAUAACAACUACAAUAUCGAUUGGCACUCCGACAGUGCACGUGAUAAGCAGCCAUCGCCCGAUCCACGAACCGACAAGUGGAGAGGGGUAACGACAGACGGAAAGAGCCCUCGGUGUUCCGACAGUGAAAACCUGAAAAAAGUCGAAGAAGACAAGGGCUGCCCUACAGGUUUCAAGCUAUGCUCCAUGAAGGUAACACCGUUCUCCAACUGUCAUCCUUGUGGGGCGUGGUGCGCCGAAAUCGAACCUUGUCCCAAGAAGCCAAAGAAAAAAACGGGUGCGUAUGUUGCCGGGGCUUGCAAGCGGCCCUGCUGCAAGCACUGGAAACCCAAGGAUGGUGACUGCGAAUAUACGGACCCCUGCAAAGCCCACUGUUUUAAUCACAAGCAAUAA